UCCUACACACACUCUUUCGCGCGCGCACCACGUACACAAAAACACGCCCGGCCAUCCCUUUCGUUCCCUUGCCUCACUACGCCCCCACUACCAUAUAGCCGUAUACGCUCUCGAUCGCUUCCCAGGCCGUCUUGAUCUCUCCCCUCCCUCGCCCUCGCCCUCGCCCUUGAUAAGUGAGCACACCAAGCGGCAAGAAGCCAAGGCAAACCACAGUCGCAGCACCCAGCAGCUAGCGGCGCGCCGAUGUCGUCGGGAGACUUCCACUUCCACGACGAGCUGGCGUCGCUGUUCGCGCAGCGGCCGGCGGCGCCGGGAGAGAUGAUGAUGGCGCAGCAGCAGCAGCAGCAGCAGCAGGCGCCGGCGUCGUGGUUCGCGGACUACCUGCACGGCGCGGGCGUCCCAGGGAUGGGCGGGAUGGACUACGACCUGCUGUGCCGCGCGCUGGACCUGCCGCUGCCGGGGGACGACGUCGUCAAGAGGGAGCUGCUGGUGGUGGACACAGGCGGGGGAGGGGGAGGCUUAGGCUUCGCCGCGCCCACGCCCAGCGGGGGCGGCACGGCGCCGGUCACGCCCAACACGACGUCGUCCAUGUCCUCCUCGUCUAGCGAGGCGGCGGGUGGCGGCGCCGCCGGAGGAGGAGGAGGAGGAAGCUUUGGUGGUGCCGGGGAGGAGGACUCGCCGCAUCAGGGGAGGUGCAAGAAGGAGGAAGGGGAUGGGGAGGAGAGCAAGGCGCUCGACAAGGGGGAGGAGGACGCUGACAAGGGCAAGAAAGGGUCACCGGCGGCGGCGAAGGGCAAGGGCAAGGGCGAGAAGCGGCAGCGGCAGCCGCGCUUCGCCUUCAUGACCAAGAGCGAGGUCGACCACCUCGAGGACGGCUACCGGUGGCGCAAGUACGGCCAGAAGGCCGUCAAGAACAGCCCAUACCCCAGGAGCUACUACCGGUGCACGACGCAGAAGUGCCCCGUGAAGAAGCGGGUGGAGCGGUCGUACCAGGACCCGGCGGUGGUGAUCACCACGUACGAGGGCAAGCACACGCACCCGAUCCCGGCCACGCUCCGCGGCAGCACCCACCUCCUCGCCGCGCAGUUGCACGGCGGUCACCACCACCACCACCACCUCGGCGGCGCCUUCCCGCCGCCGGCCCCGCUCCCGCAGCAGAUGGCGGGCGCGCCGUUCGGGCGGGCAGGCGGCGGAGGCGGAGGCGUCAUCGACAUGCUGGGGCUCCUGCCCCCGCGCAACAACAACCACGCCGCCAUGCCGCCGGCGAUAGGCCUCGCGUCGUCCCGCGGCAUGAGCGGCGGCGGUCCGAUGAGCACCGUGGCAGGCGCGACGGCAGCGACGGCCGCCGCCACCACUACCUCGUCGUCGUCUCCUCCCUCGCUCCAGAUGCAGCACUUCAUGGCGCAGGACUUCGGGCUCCUGCAGGACAUGCUGCCGUCCUUCGUCCACGGCAAUGGCGGCAACGUCCAGCCCUGAAUUCGAUCAAUUGGUCAUCACCGCCACAAGCAGCAAGCUAAUGAGGAAGGAAGCUAGCUACUUAGAUAAAGAGAUAGUACUUAAUUUGGUUCUUGUUAAUGCCCUUAACCUCUUUAAUUUUUCCUUUUUUUUCACCGAUUUGCUCCUCUAGAUGGAUCAUAUCGGUUCUUGAUUUGUUUUUUCCUAAUACUGCUGUGCUGCGAGACACAUGCCGCUACAGAGUUUUCUGGCGCCGGCCGGGUCUCGUACCGUUUCUUAUGAUGAUGAUCUAGUAGCUAGUCCUUGCAGGUAGUACUAGCGGUGUUCUUGUACAUGUACCUAAUCAACUCAACCCCUCAGCUCAUGCAUUGCACUCUAUCUGCUGCAGUACUGGCCAUGAGCUAUGAUAAUUUUAUGCUAGCUCCUCUUUGCACGCA